CACCUUUUGAAUUUUCAAUCAUUUCUUAUUGAUUGUUGUUGUUGUUGACAUCAUGUCUCAUCCCAAGUGUUUCUUUGAUAUCUCUAUCGGUGGACAACCUGCUGGAAGAGUUGUAUUUGAAUUGUUUUCGGAUGUCGUUCCUAAAACUGCCGAAAAUUUCCGUGCCCUGUGCACCGGUGAAAAGGGGUUUGGAUACAAAGGUUCCAAGUUUCACAGAAUCAUACCUCAGUUUAUGUGCCAAGGUGGAGAUUUCACUCGCGGUGAUGGAACGGGAGGCAAGAGCAUCUACGGUUCCAAGUUUGAGGAUGAAAACUUCAAGUUGAAACAUGGAGAACCAUUUUUAUUAUCGAUGGCCAACGCUGGACCGAAUACCAAUGGAAGUCAGUUCUUUAUUACAGUAGUGAAGACGCCUUGGUUGGAUGGCAAACAUGUGGUAUUUGGAAAGGUCGUAGAGGGAACGGAUAUCGUGAAGAAUAUGGAAGCUGUAGGUACACAGAGUGGAGCGCCCAAGAAGGAAGUGAAGGUCACCGAUUGUGGUCAAUUGUAGUGGUUAAAGCGUAUGUUUGCGAUGCCUUUGUAAGGCAAAUUGUGUUUUUGUUUUCGUGAUAAAACGAUUGUUGUGUUUUAUGAAA